AUGUCUAGUGAUCCCGAUGUAAAACACGAUGCCAUUCGCAAGACGUCAGGCGACGACUCGAAUGAUUACGACGGAAAAACAGAGACUGCCUCGGACAGCAGGUCGCCUCUCGAUGCCGACAAACUUCGCCGCAACCUCAAUGCAAAACUUGCCAAUCCCCUGGCGGGCUACACGCACAAGGAGCUCGCUGAUAAGGGCGAGUCUUACUGCAGAAGCAACGAAAUCGGCGAUGAAGAAGAUGUCCGAGCAUUCAGAUUAGGCGCCAUCCUUGCACAGAAUCCCGAGGGAUAUGCCGAGGUUGAUGGGCUCUCAGAAGACGAGCAAAGAAUCUGUGGUGAAGAAGUCACCAAGAGAUGGUCUCAGCCAAAGCUCCUAUACUUGGUCAUUGUUCUUUGUUCAACUUGUGCGGCCGUCCAAGGAAUGGAUGAGACCGUGGUAAAUGGAGCCCAAAUAUUUUAUUCCAGACAAUUUGGCAUCGGCGACAAAACCAGCUCCCGGGAUUCAUGGCUGGUUGGACUUGUCAACUCAGCACCAUAUCUCUGCUGCGCAUUUAUAGGAUGUUGGUUGACUGUUCCCUUCAACAAUUGGUUUGGCCGUCGUGGCACAAUCUUCAUUACUUGUCUGAUCUCGGCUCUUGCCUGCUUCUGGCAAGCGUUCACCAAUACCUGGUGGCACAUGUUCAUCGCUCGAUUUUGCCUUGGCUUUGGAAUUGGGCCAAAAUCAGCUACCGUUCCCAUCUACGCUGCCGAGUGCACCCCGCCCCUCAUUCGUGGCGCUUUGGUUAUGCAGUGGCAAAUGUGGACAGCUUUUGGUAUCAUGGUUGGCUAUGCUUCAGAUCUAGCCUUUUUUCAUGUUGCAGAUCCGCCUGGAGUCACCGGCCUCAACUGGCGAUUGAUGAUGGGCUCUGCAAUGUUUCCCGCAGUUAUCGUCUGCUGCUUCGUCUUCCUUGUUCCCGAAUCUCCUCGCUGGUAUAUGAGCAAGGAACGCCAUGAAAAAGCCUAUCGAAGCUUGUGUAAACUUCGUUACAACAAGGUCCAGGCUGCCAGAGACAUCUUCUAUAUGCAUACUCUCCUUGAAGCCGAGAAAGAGACCAUGCUGCUCGGCCAGAGCAAAGUCAAGGAGCUGUUCACCGUGCCUCGAAACCGACGUGCCAUGCAAGCCUCUGAGAUUGUUAUGUUCAUGCAACAAUUUUGUGGUGUCAAUGUCAUCGCCUACUAUUCUUCGGAAAUCUUCCUUCAGGCCAACCUGUCCGAGAUCAAUGCACUUAGUGCUUCCUUAGGCUUCGGUGUCAUCAAUUUCCUCUUUGCCCUUCCAGCAGUUUACACCAUUGACAAAUUUGGCCGUCGAAAUCUUCUUCUCACCACGUUCCCACUGAUGGCUCUCUGCAUGUUCUUCACCGGCUUCAGCUUCUGGAUCCCAGAGGAUUCAACGGCACACAUCGCCUGUAUCGCCCUUGGAAUCUACCUCUUCGGUGUAGUAUACUCUCCUGGUGAAGGCCCAGUACCGUUCACUUACUCGGCCGAGGCUUACCCUUUGUACAUCCGCCCUCUUGGGAUGUCAUUGGCAACUGCAACGACGUGGUUCUUCAACUUCAUCCUCUCAGUCACAUGGCCAUCUCUUCUCGCCGCCUUCAAGCCUCAGGGUGCUUUCUCCUGGUAUGCAACUUGGAAUCUCAUUGGGUUCUUGGGUGUGUUGUUCUUCGUCCCUGAAACCAAAGGCAGGACUCUUGAGGAAUUGGACCAAGUCUUCAGCGUGCCCACCCGGCUGCACGCCGCGUACGGUGCCAGACAAGUCCCCUACUUCUUUAAAAGAUACAUCUUAAGACAAAAUGUUGAGCCCGAGAAUUUGUACAAUAUGGAUGAGGUUAAUCAUGAACCGACCAGCUUCUCUACCGAGAAGCCAACAGAACCUAGUGCGCGAGUCUAG